AUGGCAGGGCUGCUUAGUCUAGCGAAGGAUCUACCUGGCGUUCCAGCACACCACUGCCUCGUCACCCUGUACACUAGGACUUCUUUAAUAUUGGAUCAGUGCGCACGAGCACGACUCGACAUAAAGACUGUGUCGGGCUUUACCUAUUACAACGCGACAUCAUUAUCGUCAGUAGCCAAAAUUCGUGCUAUUCAUCGAGCUGCAGGGCGGAUAAAAUUCCUCGUGGUUGCUCUGCAAGAAAGUAAAGCCAGAAGGAGCGGAGUGCGGCAGAUGAAUGACGGCACACUCGUUAUUCGCGCAGAACAUGUUCCGUCACAAAAUGGUGCUGGUGGUGUUGAUUUUGUUGUGCAUCCAUCUGUCCUCCAUUGUCCUUGUUGA